AUGAUUAUUUAUAAUGGUGACAAAUAUGCAUGUAUAUCAUGUAUCAGAGGACAUAGGUCUUCCACUUGUAAACAUGCUGCAAGAAUGUUGGUCAAAGUAAGAACGAGAGGAAGACCAUCUCCAGUUGAUAUUAGAGAUGUUAUAAUGGUGGAUGUUACAUCAAGAGUGAAAAGAAAGAAAUUACCGUCUAAGAAGCAUUGCUGCGAUGACAUUGACCAUUCAAAUCCCCAUGGCUAUGAGUAUGGAGAUACUGUAGAAGAAAAUGAUCAUCCACCAGGUCAUGAAAAUUGUUGUAAAAAAAUGGAUGCACAACCUAUUAUAUUUAUUAAGGCUAAACAGACUCAAAAGGCUAUGGUCGUGGAUGGUAAAUUGAAAAUUAUUGUCAAAGAUCCUGAAACCGAUGGCGAUGAAGUCAAAUAUAUAUCUGAAAAGGAAUUCUUAAAAAGCGUUUCUGCCCAAACAAUAAGUAAUAAUACAGAGAAUACUCCUCCUGAACUUUCAUUUAGUACUUCUGCACAUACUAAUAAUAAUAAUGAUGAUGUCGUUGAUAAGAGAUUACAGAACUAUAGUGUGCCUCAAAUUUCAAGAAAAAAAUGUUGUGAUCCAAAUCAUAUUAUCAAAUCAGAUGUUUCAUCCCCAAUAGAUAAUAGAGUCGGUAGAAAUAACCCCAUACCUACUUAUUCAAUAGCAAUGGAUGCAGUUUCGCCACCUACAACAGUAGAGUCGGUUACUUCAAAUGAUUCUCCAGGAAAUGAUACUCCCUUGCAAACUUUAAAUAAAUCAUUUAGCCAUUUGACAAGUGAUGAUUUAGAGUCUAAGAAAUUAUCAGUCGACAUUUUCACUCAUAAAGGUCUUUAUUUAAGCUCAGAAUGUUCUUGUCCUGCAAAUGAAUGUGAUUGUAUUAAUUGUUUGAUUCACAGAAAUGAAGAAGAAUUAAAUAAUUAUGUUUUGCAAAGUGGAGUACCGUUAACGAACAUACUAGACUCAUCAAAACCCGGGCCUUAUGAUGUAACAGCUUGUUCAGGUCCUGACUGUGAAUGUUCUUUGAUUGAUUGUACUUGUCAAUCUUGUUCAGUACAUCCUACUGACAUUAUACCAUUUGAAAGAUUCUAUUAUCAAGGUUUUAAUAACAUCACGUUAAGAAGAAAGACAAUAAUAAAAUAUAAACACAAACUGAUUCCUUCAGAAUAUUGGUGGGAUUUCUUGACUGUAGAGUUACCAAGUGUUAAUACAGAGACUUUGGAGACAAUUGAUCUAAAGGAUUAUUUUGAAAAGCUGCUAAAAAAAUAUCAACAUGAAUUCUUAAAUAGUGAAUCAGAGUGGGGUUUAUUAAAUGAUUUGGAAGGAUUUUAUGUGAUAUGA